AUGGAAAAGCUUCUGCUCCGCGUCGUCUUAGGUUCCAAAAGCGUUCGACAUGUCGGCUCCGUGGAAGGUCUGUUGCUGUUGGCCGAAUGGGUACCACAUAUCAACUCGGAGACCGGUUCAGGUGGAGAUAUUCCCGGUUUGGCUCAGUUAGAGCAUGGAGAUACAAGUGAAGAAGAUAGCCUUGCGUGGAGUCUCAUCGGACUGGCAGUCAGGCAAGCCUAUCUGCUACAUCUUGAGAAACAUUCCUUCCGCGGCGAAGUGAAAGCCGAGUCUGAUCGAGCUUCCGAUCGGAAACGGUUGGCUUGGAUAUUCACAUACCUUGCGGAUCGACAGAUAUCUAUCCAGAUGGGUCAAGCAUUCUGGUGCCGCGGGCCCGGACUAUCCACUCAGUUCACGGCGCAUGACUAUCCGUCACUCCGCCCUCAAAGGGCUGGACAAUUUGACUAUGCAUCCUUUAUACAAGCCCAGGUUGAGCUGACGACCAUCUUCGGAAAUGUUCAUGACAUCUUAUAUGCGUCCAAGUCACGCACAGUCCAGUUGAUACUCAUGGGUGAUUACACAAAAUAUCUCGACGACAGUGCAAAGGCACUAGACAUGUGGAAAAGAUCAUGGAGCAAUGUCGACGUUCCGAGUCAUCUAAACGGACUUCUAGUGCUCCAAUUUGAGUACCUGCGUCUUUAUAUGAACGCUUUUGCAUUCCAAGCUGUUCUUUAUCGCACUUCUAGAGAGCAAGAGAAACAGGUGUCUUAUUUUCCGGACAGUGUCAUGGCUAGUCCGGAUGGCCGUCACAUAUACCUCGCUAUCGAUGCAGCAAAAAGUGUUCUCAAGGAGCUGAUACAUCGACUCAAUCCUUCGAAACAUUUGAGAUUUCUCCCUGUACGAUAUUACUUAUACGAGAUACACGCAACAGUGUUUCUUUUCAAGGCCCAUACUCUCGGAGCAUUGAGUCCUGGAGAAUAUCAAACCUGUUUCACUUUGACCAAACGAUUCAUCUCCAUGCUGAACGCCGCAGCUUCGACUCCAAAACACAUUGCUUCCAAAUACGCAAAAUUGCUUGCUGGCCUUUGGCUCCAAGGACAGUCAGUUCCCGAAACAACCAAGGAUAAUACCUUCCAAGCAGCAAUAUCGGAACAAAUACCAGCGGCUCCUAUUUCUGCCCAACCAACAACAGCCCCCGGAGAGCUUCGGGACAUCCCAGAAGGUAAUCCCACUGAAGAUACAGGCACGCAGUCUCUGACCACGGACAUGCUCCCAAGCGCUGAAGAGCUAUCAUUCAUGGAUCCUGCUGAUUGUUUUAAAUAUCUGGAUGCAUUUAUAUACAAUCUACCGUUCUUGCGGGCUGGCUUCCCUGAUAUAGAUGAUGAUGGCUUGAAUCAGUUUCUGAUGUCUGAGUUCUAG